AGAACCAUUCUGCUACAAAGGGAUCACUACAUACACAGAUACGGUGUCCUGUCCAUUACCAGAAAGUCUGACAAAUGGACCACUAAAUUAUGUUCCGGACGAUGCAUUCACAGCCAGCUCUUAUUAUACAACAACCGGAUUUUACAACUAUCCUCCUGCACAUGCUGCACUUAGAGCUCGAAUAACAAAUGAGGCGACACCGACGAAGUAUGGAGCGUGGGUUGCUGGUGUAAAGGACACGGCCCAGUACAUCCAGGUGGAUCUUGGAGACACAUUUUACGUGUAUACUAUCAAAACGCUUGGGAGGGAUAGAAUAACCACAAACAGUGACGAGGCA